AAGAAUCAGAAGGCGGUUGGGUAUUUGUAUAAUGAAGAAUUAUGGGGCUCUUUGACAGAGGUGUUCAGAUGCUUUUAACCACCGUUGGUGCUUUCGCUGCCUUCAGCCUGAUGACCAUAGCUGUGGGGACCGACUACUGGCUUUACUCCAGAGGGGUUUGCAAGACUAAAACUGUCAGUGAGAACGAAACCAGCAAAAAGAAUGAGGAAGUCAUGACCCAUUCUGGAUUAUGGAGAACCUGCUGCCUGGAAGGGAAUUUUAAAGGUCUGUGUAAGCAAAUCGAUCACUUCCCUGAGGAUGCAGAUUAUGAAGCCGAUACAGCAGAAUAUUUCCUCCGGGCUGUUAGAGCCUCUAGUAUUUUCCCGAUCCUGAGUGUGAUUCUGCUUUUCAUGGGUGGACUCUGCAUUGCAGCCAGCGAGUUCUACAAAACCCCAAACAUCAUCCUUAGUGCCGGCAUCUUCUUCGUGUCUGCAGGUUUGAGUAAUAAUGGCAUCAUUGUAUACAUAUCAGCCAACGCUGGAGACCCCUCCAAGAGUGACCUCCAAGAAGAACAGCUACUCCUACGGCUGUCCUUCUAUUUUGGGGCCCUGUCCUUCAUUAUAGCCGAGCUGGUGGGAGUGCUGGCUGUCCACAUGUUCAUAGACCGGCACAAACAGCUGCGCGCCAAUGCUCGUGCCACGGACUACCUCCAGUCCUGCAUCACCCGCAUCCCCAGCUACCGGUACCGCUAUCAGAGACGCAGUCGCUCCAGCUCCCGCUCCACCGAGCCUUCACACUCCAGGGAUGCCUCUCCCGUCGGGAUCAAAGGGUUCAACACCCUCCCAUCAACAGAGAUCUCGAUGUACACCCUCACCAGGGACCCGCUGAAGGCAAGCACCACCCCCACCGCCACCUACAACUCUGACAGGGAUAACAGUUUCCUCCAGGUUCACAACUGUAUCCAGAAAGAGAACAAGGACUCUAUCCACACCAACACAGCCAACCGCCGGACCACCCCGGUAUGAAGCCGUCGCCAGGAGCUGAAAAUGGGGCAGGAAUGGGCAGGAGGAGAUGGGGUGGGC